AUGAAACUUCUCGGUUCAGGGACGUAUGGGACGGUGUCCCUCAUGGACUGGGACGGCCAGCCAGCAGCGCUGAAAGUAGCAAAAUCUUCAGAGUUUUCAGAGGUGUUUGAAAGCGAAGGUAACGUUCUCUCGUUACUGAAUGGUGCAGGAGGCGCCCCUUUGUUGUUGCACAGGUCAGUGAAUCCACCAUCACUUGUGACCACCUAUAAAGGCAACCAGACCCUACUUGAUGUCUUGGGAAAUCCACAGUAUGACCUACUUGACGUAGGACUUCAGGUUGGUAUAAAGCUAAAUGAGAUCCAUGCAGCCGGCUUAGUACACAAUGAUAUAAAGUGUGAUAACAUCAUGAUCCAAGGUCCGCCUCACAAACCAAACAUUAGCAUAAUAGAUUAUGGCUUGGCCUCCAGAAACAGAGUCAAAAUUUUCCUUGAAGAGGACUCGAGUAUUGAUACAACAUAUGCCCCCGAGGUACUUCAGAAGAAGGCAAGCACUUUUGCCUCAGACGUAUACUCUUAUGGAAAAUUAAUGUUAGAGAUACAGAAGCAGUUGCCCGAACAACACCCGUCCCUCGAUAAGUUGCUUCAGAAGGCAACAAACAAGACCCCAAGGAGGCGCCCAACCCUUCCUAUUUUUCUACGACGCUUACGGGAAGUUAUCAGCGAAAUUUCCACGAGUGUGAAAAAUUCGUGUAAAAAGCAGGACACCAGAGCAGCCUCGGAGAGUAUAGAGGAGCAGCACCGCAUGGAACUGCGACAUCGCCAGACAAAAAGGGAUCGGAGUCCAACUCCCAACAUUUCUACAGAGUACAGAAGAAAACUUCGCCAACGCCCUAAAAAGCGUCAACAAACCCCCGAACCUUUAGAAGCUAAUAACCGCCAUCUUGGCAGAAACAAAAGACGAAAAAUUGCCUUGUGA